UGGUUUUCUAGUCGUCCUGCCGAGCCCCGACGUUCAUUCCAGGCAGACCCGCCAAAGCCAAAAGGACGCAAACAAAUCGCGCUGCAGAUUUCAAAGAGACGAAAGGAAAUCCUCGAAGAAGAUCAAACUUGUUCGCUCAUCAUCACGAUGGAUUUUAAGAUGCUUAAUAGUUGGGCGUGUUUAUUGAUACUAUGUACCCUAAUUGUACUGAGCGUUUCCUUGCCGACGAGUUUGAAAGAGGAUGCAAAGAAAACGGAUCAAAUAACGAGAACAAAACCAAAACGAGCUCAGGAAACGUUGAUGUUCGGCAAUCAACAAAAUCGACAGCCUGAGAAUAGAGGCAAUCCGUAUGUUUCAAGCGCAGAAAAAAGGGCAUUAAACGCGGCAGGAUUAGAUGCUUUAAAGAUAUCACUUACAAAAGAAAACAAAUUCCCUAAUCCAAAAUCUCCAAGAAACUCUUUGGACGAGCGCGAAGUAUACAAUCCGUACGAUAAAAAUUACGAAUAUGGAAAGGUUAUCGUAACCGAAGAGGGUGACGAAAUGCCGCAUGUAUGGGACGUAGCACCUUAUGCUCGUUAUUAUAUAGGCGACGAUCGACGAAAACGAUCAGAAAAAUUAAUUCCAAAUAUUCGUACAACUACUACUCCACCAACGAGUACGGGAUAUCACACGGCAUAUCAAACGCAACAUUCUCCGAUUCAGACAAAAAGAAGCAUUCCUAUCUAUGCGGAACCACGUUAUAAACGCGAUGUGGAAAUUCAUCCUGAACCUGCAUGGACUCUUUUAUCAAUGUGGGAGAAUGGACACCGCAACAGAUAUACGAACGAGGAAUAUGAUAACGAAGAGGACGCUGAUCCGUUAGAAGAUGAAGAUCCCAGAAAUGCUCUCGCUUGGAUGAAUGUUCCUGCAUAUUCUUCUUAUCGAUAUGGUACAGAUACCCUCUCACCUUCUGAUAUCGGUAUCGUGCAUACUCACCCAUCAAGUUAUUACGACCAAUAUGAAAAUCAAUACGGACAACAAUUAGAUAAUGGUGGUGCGCAUCCUUAUGUCAAUCAGUAUGGCACUCUUUAUUCUCAAGACUCAUAUUAUCCCACGGAGAGGAAAUAUAUGGUUGCGAAAAAACGAGCACCGGUAAAACGCGAUAAUAUUAACAAUAUUUAAUAAGAUUAGAGUUACGAUCCGUACGUUAAUAUCGUUCCACUACAAAUGGGCAUCCAACAGCGUGGUUAUCCUCCCUAUCCGCAUCAUAUGGUUUAUUAAUUUAUUAGCGUAAAUUAACCGUACUUCAAAAAUUUUCUAUUUUAUCAGGAAUAUUGGAAAAAGAAAAAGAGAGUUUGCGAAACUGUUGCGUGCAAGCUCACUUUGAUUUGGGCAUAUUGUACGACAGAUUUCUCGUAGACACUUCUCUUUAACUAUAUAAUCCUUUAUCGCGAAUGAAAAAGUACCCGAGAGUCCAAGACUAUUCAUUUUCAAAAACAUGGUGCUGGAAAAGACUUCUUUCAAUUUGCAAGAAUUUACUGAAACAGAAAUACCAUGGUUCCUUUAACAAAUCAUGUUUGCGCGUAUGCACACACGCGUAGAUAGAAAUGUAUAUAAGUAUGAAUUUUCUAUAUACUUUUAUUUUGUUUUGUUGUUGUUUUCUUAUUAUUUUUUUUUUUUGUAUUUUCAUCCACACAUUUGUUAACGAUUGAUCUUAUGAUUUUUGUUUACUUUCUCGAUUAAUCAAGUUUAUGUUAUUAAUUGAGAGUUUUAUAUAUUAUAUUAUACUUUAUGUUAAAGUUUUAUUUAAAAAUGUUCAUUUUAUCCGUUAUUUUCUAAUUCGAAUUUUUAUUUUUAUAUGAAGAAAAGACUGCUAUUACUUGCAUGAUGAACAAAUGUGAUUGUAGUUAGAAAGUUUUACCUGCCUAAAAACACACACGAGUAAAAUAAAAAAAAGAAAAAUGGAAGAUAUUUUUCAGCACAUUCUUGCAAUUUGUUAUUUAAAAUUAAUAAAUUUUUUUCAAGUUCUCUUUAUCGAAUUUCCAUUGUUAUAAUACGAUCGACGAAUGAACAAUUAUAAAAUGAAAGGAAUUUAUUUUCGAAUUGUUUUUAUAAUUAAUCGUGUAAUUAUAAUGAGACAUUCAUAAAAUUAACAAAAAAUAUGAAAUUAAAUUAAAAUCAGAGCCUCUUUGCAUAGCGAAGAUGACAAUGGUUGCAAUUUCCAAAAAUGCAUACAUUUGACAUAAAACGUCAAUAUAUCCUUUAUUCAAUUGACACUCGUCGAUUGACGCACAAUUGCAAAGAAAUCAUCAUGUAUUUCGCAUACUCUACAAUAACGCGACAUAUCAUCAUAUUUAUUAAAAAAAAAAAAAGAGUGCAGAUUAAUCGAAGGAAAUAUUUAUUAAAGUUUCGUAAAAGCAAAAGUAUAAAUUAAAAAUACAAAUUAAAAUGACACCGUUCUAUGAAUGCAAUAAUCACAAGAUCUUAUGUUACUUAUGUUAAAUCACUAUUAUAUUUAUCUAUACUAAUUUAAGAGAAAGCGAUAGCGAAAUAUUAAGUGUAUCCAUAGGGAUAAGACCGAGCAGUGUUUGAAAAUAUUUUUUCUCUAUAUGAAAAUACAGCUCACAUGGCCUUCCAUAAUAAUGUAUACUCUGAGGAGACUGAAUAAUCGCUUUCUCGUUGGCCCAUUUCGAUACAAGAAAGAAAUUAAUUAAUUAAUUAAUUAAAGCGAUGACUCGAAAUACAAUAGCGCUGACUGACGAGAAACCAUAGCUUUUAAUGCUUUUGGUAAUCGUUUAGUAUACUUACGAUUAGAUUUAUUUAGAAUAAGUAGAUAUGAUUAUGAAGAAAAAUAAUUCAGUAUUGCCAAGUAAUUAAUAUUAAAUAGAAAAGUGUUUAUUAGUAUAAAUUUAAUGAAAAAAAUUGAUCAACUGGAUUUAUUACCUUCUACUUUUUUACUAAUAUUUUGGAAAACUGCAGUAAGAAAUUAACAAUUAAUUGUGUUAAAAGUAGUAAAAUGAUAAAAAAGAUAUCAGAAAGUUACUUGCUAUCGUUAAUUAUUUUUGUUUCUUUCUCGAAAGCGGAUUGAGAUUUGAAUAUGGAAAAGAAAUUGCGAUCUUCAUAUGAUUUCUUUUACAUAACUCCUUAAUUUUAUAAUGUUAUUAUUGAAUAUAAAUUCGCUUAAUACGA